AUGGCCGGGGAGAUUCCUGCCUCUAUGAAGGCCUUGGUUGGCAACCGGUCGGUUUUUUCUCGAAUUGCAAACUUCGCGCUCGGCAAAGCGUCGGGAGAUGGUGUGCUCGUUCAGAGCGUUCCGGUGCCUGAGAUUUCCGACAAUGAGAUUCUCGUCCAGGUUUCCUGCGUUGCCUUGAACCCAACCGAUUUCAAGCAUGGUCCAAGGCCCCCCGGUAACUGGUCCAUCGGAGAUCGUGUUGCUGGCGUCACCCACGGCGGACUCUACCACGAUAAAGGCUCCUUCGCCGAGUACCUGAAGAUCCCCGGGGACUGGGCCUGGAAAGUUCCUUCGUCUGUGACUGACGAGGAAGCCGCCACGUUCGGUGUAUCUGCAGCCACUGCCAUGUUGGCCCUGAAUACUCGCCUGGGCGUCCCUUGGAUUGACGGUGGAGAGAAUCAAGGAUCCAGAGAUACACCGAUUCUGAUCUACUCCGGAGCCACCUCGGCUGGACUUUACGCCAUUCAGCUAGCCAAGCUGGCGGGACUGACCGUCAUCGCCACUGCAUCCCCACGCUCACAUGACCUGGUGAAAGAGUACGGCGCAGAUGCUGUCUUCGACUACCGAUCACCAACGGCCGCCGAAGAAAUCGCCCGCGAAUACCCAAACAUCGACAGAGCUCUGGACUGUUUCUCCGAAGGGAAGUCGACCGAUUUCUGCGUCGACGUCGUUCGCAAAAAUAGAGGCUGGGUGGUGACCUUGUUAGACAGCAAGAAGACGGAGUCCCAUGGCGUGAAGAUCGAGUUCUUGCUCGCAUACUCGGUCUUUAACUCGGAGUUCCAAUGGCUUGCACCCAUCGGGCCCAAGUUCCCCAAGAAGCCUGCGGAUAAUGAAGCUUUGCGCCGGUUCUAUGCUUCAUUGCCGGAAGUAUCAACGAAGCUGAAGACGCCACCUCUCAAGAAGAUUGCAUCAGGACUCGAGAAUCUGCGCGUUGGACUUGAUAUGCUUCGCCAGGGACAAGUCUCUGGUACAAAACUGGUAGCAUCCUUGAAAUGA